GCCACUAAUGAGAGUGGAGACAAAAGGGGAUAUGUAAUUGGGCAGGGGGUGGAGUGAAAAGUAAAUACUUCCUUUGUUGUUGGGGGAGAAAGAAAAAGGCAAACAUAACCCACCUGCGUUGGAAGAAGCGAAUUUUACGCACCGACCUCUCAAACUUUGCUCCGGGCUCAUAUUUACGUUAAAGGUGAGCUGAAUGAUUCAUGCGCGUCACCCGGUGACUGUGUGAGACCCGAGACCCGGUGUUUUCCUGCACAGACGCCGGAUAGAAAAGGGAGUGUGUGUGUGCCUUUAAGGCGCCCGACUGCCUGUCGCUUUGUGCUGCGGAGAGACUGACGCCCUCUGGACACAGUGGACACUUGAGCGGCGGCAGAACACCAUCCUGGAGAGGUUCAAAGAGAGCACAACCCCAGUCCUCCUUAAAAAAAAAAAGGAAAACCUCGAGCUCGUUAACUGCGUUGUGGACUUUUCCCAGUGCCUUGCUGGUGAGCCGUCAGGAUGAGGCCCGGUGAGCUGAUCCUCCCCGCUGUCGCCGUUCUCCUCUUCCUCCUUUCAAUAUUAUCUCUGACCUCCGGCUGCAACAAAGCCCUCUGCGCCAGUGACGUCAGCAAAUGUCUCAUCCAGGAGCUGUGCCAGUGUCGUCCGUCUGAUGGGAACUGCUCCUGCUGUAAAGAGUGCAUGCUGUGCCUGGGGAAUCUUUGGGAGGAGUGCUGCGACUGCGUGGGGAUGUGUAACCCAAAGAACUACAGCGACACUCCAGCCACGUCCAAGAGCACCGUGGAGGAGCUGCAAAAUCCCAUCCCCUCGCUGUUCCGCGCCCUCACGGAAGGCGACGUGCAGAUCAACAUGAUGGUCGUGUCCUUCCCCGUCUCAGAGGAGCUGUCGCAUCACGAGAACCUGGUUUCCUUCCUGGAGACGCUCAACAGCCAGCACGAGAACGUGACCGUGCCUGGCAACAGCAUCCACGGCAGCCUCGACAGUCAAGAGAGCAUGUGCACUGUGGUCUACUUUGACGACUGCGUGUCCAUUCGUCAGUGUAAACUAUACUGUGAGUCAAUGGGAGGAUCCAAGUACCGCUGGUUUCACAACGCCUGCUGCCAGUGCAUCGGACCGGAGUGCGUGGACUACGGCAGCAAGCUUGUGAAGUGCAUGAACUGUCUCUUCUGAAGUGCGGGCACAUAUUGGUACCAAAUGCUUGCCCCAUACCGCAGGACUGGGGACAGAGGAAACUAUGACUGUUAUGUGCUAGCAUUCCUCAGUUACCUUGUAAAAUGCCCCCUGCAGCCCUCCUCCUACCCCUGCAAACUUUUAUUCUGCUGUUUUUGUUUCACUGUAUAUUUUUAGAUGUUUUUUUUUUAAUUUUUUAUAGCAUUUUCUUUUCUUUUUCUUUUUUUUACUAGAGUUGUAUAUGAAUAAUGUAUUUUUACAAUUAUGGUCCGCUAAAUCCCAGUCUCAUGCCAAAUAAAGAUACGUUUUGGUGACUGUU